AUGACGGCCGAGAGCGCGCCGCCGCCCCCGCCACAGCCCGAGGCGCUUGCGGCCGUGAAGGAGGAGCGCGGCGAGGCGGCGGCGAGCGCGGGGGUCCCGGCGGAGGCAGCGGGCCGUGGCGCCGGGGGACGGCGACGCAAGCGCCCCCUGCAGCGGGGGAAGCCGCCCUACAGCUACAUCGCGCUCAUCGCCAUGGCCAUCGCGCACGCUCCGGAGCGCCGCCUGACUCUGGGCGGCAUCUACAAGUUCAUCACCGAGCGUUUCCCGUUCUACCGCGACAACCCCAAGAAGUGGCAGAACAGCAUCCGCCACAACCUCACGCUCAACGACUGCUUCCUCAAGAUCCCGCGCGAGGCGGGCCGCCCGGGCAAGGGCAACUACUGGGCGCUCGACCCCAACGCCGAGGACAUGUUCGAGAGCGGCAGCUUCCUGCGCCGCCGCAAGCGCUUCAAGCGCUCGGACCUGUCCACCUACCCCGCCUACAUGCACGAUGCCGCUGCCGCUGCCGCCGCCGCCGCCGCCGCCAUCUUCCCGGGCGCUGUGCCCACCGCGAGGCCGGCCUACCCGGGCGCCGUCUACGCGGGCUAUGCGCCUCCACUUGCUGCGCCCCCGCCGGUCUACUAUCCCGCCGCGUCGCCGGGGCCCUGCCGCGUCUUCGGCCUGGUUCCCGAGAGGCCGCUCAGCCCGGAUCUGGGUCCCGCGACGUCUGCAGCCGCCGGCGGCUCGUGUGCCUUCGCGGCGGCGGCGGCGGGCGCGGCGGGCACCGGGAGCUUCCAGCCGUCGGUCUGCGCGGGCGCGCGACCCGUCAACCCCGCCGCCUACGCCGCCGCCUACGCGGGCCCCGACGGCGCGUACCCGCAGGGGGCGAGCAGCGCGCUCUUCGCCGCCGCCGCAGCCGGUCGCCUAGCGGGGCCCGCCUCGCCCCCCGCGGGAGGCGGCGGCGGCGUGGAAGCCGCGGUGGACUUCUAUGGGCGCACGUCGCCGGGCCAGUUCGGAGCGGCGCUGGGACCCUGCUACAAUCCCAGCGGGCAGCUCGGAGCAGGUGGUGGCGGCGCUUAUCACGCCCGCCACGCCACCGCCUAUACCGGCGCGGUGGAUCGGUUCGUGUCUGCCAUGUGA